AUGAUUGCGCAUUUUAUAAUUGAUAACUUCACACUGAUUGGCAUAGAACCAGAAAAAUACGGCAACAAGAAUCACCCUUUGUCUUCGAGAUUAUUCACCCCAAAAGAAAACUCUUUUAACUACACAUUUUUGGGUAUUGAUUCCGACCAUUUUAGCUUCGAAGUGGAAGCAACCAACGACGUCCAUGUGGGGUUAUUUUCCAAACCCGAGGCUACCCCGCCGUGGUAUGAAAUCGUGAUAGGGGGUUGGGGUAACACCAAAUCCGUAUUAAGAAAGGACAAACAAGAUGAACACGGUUAUAUAGUCGUGGAGAGUCAAAGUUUCGGUAUUUUGGACAAGAAUAAGCCCAACAAACUUUGGGUGAGGAUGACGAGAAACACAAUUGCUUGUGGGUUUAGAGGGGAAGCAGAUCCUUUUAUUUCUUGGUGGGAAAAAGGUAAUCUACCCCGUAUUACUUACGUCGGAUUUCACACUGGUUUUGGAUCGACUGGUAAAUGGAAGGUACUUUUACCAAAAUUAAGUGAAGAGGGCGCUAAAUAGAUCGAUGAAAAUAUAACUACAAUUGUCUAUGAUCGAAUAAAAUAUGAUAUAAUAUAACAUGAUGACUGCUGAUACAUUAAAAAACUAUUUGUUAAUAU